AUGUGUUGGGAUGAGCUAGAGACGAGUGGGAAACUUGCGAGGGAGAUUGUGGUUACGCCGCCCGUUGAGGCAAACUAUGUGUUGGUUUCGCCUAUGCAAAUGCCUACGUUACGCCCAGACUACAUACUCGUCAAAGUCGUCUGCGUCGCUCUGAAUCCCACAGACUGGAAAAAAAUCCAGCAGACAGCCUUUGACUAUGAGAAACCGUUAACAGUAGGUUGUGACUUUUCUGGUGUUGUCGAGGAAGUCGGCAGCGAGGUGACCCGACCUUUCAAACCCGGGGACCGAGUUUGGGGCUUCGCACACAGCUGCAAUACGGCGCAACCUGAGGAUGGCUCAUUUGCGGAAUAUAUUGUGGCCAAAGGCAAUGUUACCGUACGGAUUCCAGAUAAUAUGGGGUUUGCAGAAGCAGCAUCGCUGGGUGUGCAGGUGUAUACAGUUGGACAGGGGCUAUAUCAAAGCCUGAAGCUUCCAUGGCCGACGGAACCUACCAAGCCAGAGAAUAAAUUCCCAGUUUUAAUAUACGGAGGCAGUACAGCAAUGGGUACACUGGCAAUUCAAAUGGCGAAGUUGUCUGGUCUCGAAGUCAUAACUACCUGUUCACUCAAAAACUUUGACUUCGUCAAGUCAUUCGGCGCAGACAAAGUCUUUGAUUAUCGAUCACCCACUGUCGGGUCUGACAUACGCCAGUACACGAACAACAAAUUGCGUUACGUCUGGGACACAAUCGGUGAGGGCCAGGCGCCUCAAAUCUGUGCCGACGCCCUCUCAUCGUCGUCAUCUCCUGAGUUUAGUUUACACUACAGCACCAUUGUGCUGGGAGAAUUCCCACGUGCUGAUGUCAAGACGGAUAUCACGCUUGUGUACACCAUUUUCAACGAGGCAUUUAAUUUCUAUGGGAGCAUCAAGGUGGAUGUGAUGCCGCAAAAUUUUCCUUUUGCGGAGAAGUGGGGGUCCUUAGUCGGUGAGUUUUUUGGGGAAAAGAGGCUUGUCCCUCAUCCAGUUGAAGUUAGAGGGGGACUGGAAAAGAUCGGUGAAGGCCUGAAAGAUCUAGAGGAGGGAAGAGUGAGUGCGAAGAAGCUGGUGUAUCGCGUCAGUGACUCGUAGAGUAGAGCAAUUAUUGUGUUGCGGCACGAGUAGUAUCAACGGCAAAAGUGACGACAGAUUGAUUUGUCAUGCAUGGUGUCGCUGCCUGUUGCUGCGUGGUUACGCGCUACUAUAAAU